AUGGAUCCUACCAGAGCUCCGGAUUUCAAGCCACCAUCUCCAGACGAGGAAUUGAACCCUCCACCGGACCCAGAAUCUAAAAUUCCCAAAUCCAUUCCAAUUAUCCCAUACGUCUUAGCCGAUGCGAACUCCUCCAUAGAUGCACCCUUCAACAUCAAAAGAAAAAAAAAUCACUCCAAACAUCACCAUCAUCAUCAUCACAAUCGCAAAGAAGGUACUGAUAAAAAGCAUCAACAUAUCCCACUGAAUCAAGACGAUUUUCAACCGCUUUCUGCAGAAGCGUCAUCCGAAGAAGACGAGGCCGGUUUUGCGACUAAAGAGAGGUCCAGUUCGGAUUCAACUGCAGAAUCGGAAAUUAGAGGUGUUCAAAAAUAUCAAAUUGCCGAUUUGGAAGAAGUCCCACAUGGAAUUGUUCGUCAGGCAAGAAACUUGGAAGAUUACGAAUUCCCCUCGCAUAGAUUAUCCAGAAAAUUACUGGAUCCAAAUAAAUUGCCGUUAGUGAUAGUGGCAUGCGGGUCUUUCUCGCCAAUCACAUAUCUGCAUCUAAGAAUGUUCGAGAUGGCCUUAGAUGCCAUCUCCGAGCAAACAAGGUUCGAAGUUAUAGGUGGUUAUUACUCUCCCGUCAGUGAUAACUACCAAAAGCAAGGCCUAGCGCCAUCUUACCACAGAGUACGUAUGUGUGAAUUGGCUUGUGAAAGGACAUCAUCCUGGUUGAUGGUUGAUGCAUGGGAAUCAUUGCAGCCUUCGUACACAAGGACAGCUAAAGUCCUGGACCAUUUCAAUCACGAAAUAAAUAUUGAGAGAGGUGGUGUGGCUACCGUAUCCGGGAAAAAAAUUGGUGUAAAGAUAAUGUUAUUAGCUGGCGGUGACCUGAUAGAAUCGAUGGGUGAACCCAACGUUUGGGCAGACGCCGAUUUACACCAUAUCCUGGGUAAUUACGGUUGCUUGAUUGUCGAACGUACCGGUUCGGAUGUUAGAUCCUUUUUAUUAUCCCACGAUAUCAUGUAUGAGCAUAGAAGAAACAUUCUUAUUAUCAAGCAACUCAUCUACAACGAUAUUUCUUCUACAAAGGUUCGUCUAUUCAUUAGACGCGCCAUGUCCGUACAAUAUCUACUGCCAAAUUCGGUUAUCAGAUAUAUUCAAGAGCAUGGGCUCUAUGUGGACCAAACUGAGCCUGUUAAGCAAGUUCUUGGAAACAAAGAAUGA